UACCUUUUUCGAUGACUCUUGAGUGAAAAUUCUAGAGUUUAAAAUUAGUCAAGCCUCGCAACAAAUGGCCUUUAGAUGUAUAUGCUUCCAAUUCACACAUCCUAGCUAGAAAUCAUCCCACCACGUUCUCUGCGGCAUUUCAACAAACAUGUCAGGGCCUUAUUCUGCUUAUAUACAUACAACAACUCCCUUGUGCAUAUGACUACGCCAAAUCCAAUCUAAUAGGCAUAGCAAUAGCCAUUGUUGAUCUGCGAGCUGAGAAUUAAUGAGGUUGCCUCGGAAAAACUGGUUCGCCAUUGUCCGGCGAAAAUUCCGCCGAUCGCCACCAUGUCAUGAGACCGUAACCAUACUUCGUAACGACGCCUCCGGCGAGAGCUUCAGCGCCGCCGCUAGCUAUUCUCAAUUUCUAUCCAAGGAAGACAUCGCCGCCAUCACCAUUCAAGCUCAUUUUAGAUCCCAUCUUGCAAGGCGGGCGUUUAGGGCUCUGCGAAGCCUGGUGAAGCUGCAGGCGGUGGCGCGUGGAGUGUGCGUGAGAAGACAGGCGCGUAUAGCCCUGCAUUGCAUGCACGCACUCGCGCGGUUGCAGGUCACAGUUCGAGCUCGCCAGCUCCUCACCAGCUGCGAAUUGAAGCCGAAGCCUCAUGAAUCAUGAUCUCAAAGGAUAACUCAUCAUCUAACACCAGAUUAUCCACGUGUGCAGUGUGUCUCCUUUUAUUUUUAAUUUGUCUCAUUAUUAAUUUUGUAUAUUUUGUUACCAUAUAUUGAUAUCAAAAAGUAUAAUGUGUGAAACAAAUUUUAGAAUAACUCAAAUACACUAGUCAUGAAUUUGGGAUUUAUUGCAUAUUUUUAUGUAUCCUAUAUUAUUCAUCUUUAAUCGUUAUAUAGUGGGCCAUGGUGAUACGCCACAAAUAUGUAUAUGACCAAAUGAACAUGUAAUAGAAUUAAAAUGAUACUCUGUA